CCGACUCAAAACUCUUCAAACUUAUUGAAUCGACUAACUAAAUAGACCGGUGUGCACUACCAUCAGCGUACACUUGCCUACUAUCUACUCUUCUCUGAACUAGAAUUGGGCAAGUGGGCACAAGACGUUUCAUCUAUGACUCACGCGCUCUGGCUAAUGACUCAUUAAUGGAAAGAGUUUUGUGCGAUGAGAUCGGCGUUCGCGCUGGAUGUUUUGGUCUUAGUUUUGAAAAGCAACGUGGAACAUCCACCUAAACGGAUCAUGCACACGUUUUCCAAAAUGCGUUCGAUGAACGAACAACUACUGACACGAAAAAGUAGAACUAAUUAUGGCGAGAAGGGGAGAAAGCGGAACAUGUGCACAGUUCGAACAUCGCGUGCUCUCAUCUCGUUUAGUCUCAUUGCUUAUAUUACAAAUUAUUAUAAAGAGUUUCUUGAAAAAUGAUGUGUUAGAAGUAAAUGACCAACAAUUCGAUAUAUGCACACCAUUCCAAGAAACAAAAACUAUCCGAUUACUCGGAAUACCAUCAACCGUUGGUGUUGAUGUUGUAAGAUCUUUUGUAUCGAAAUGGGGAACUGUGAUGCGUAUAGAAUGUGAAACACUUCCACACCCAUAUAGACGAAUUAAAACCUUCGUUCGGCGUGUGCGUUUUACGAAUGAAGAAGCGGAACAGAAUGUUCCUAUUUCUAUUAAAAUAGCUGGACUUAGUAUUUCAGUCCAUUUGGAAGGUAGACAAGACAUUUGUUAUCGUUGUAAAGGAAGUGGACAUAUUAAGAAAGAUUGUAAAGUAUUAAAGUGUCGUGUAUGUAAACGUUUUGGACAUGACGACCCAGAUUGCCAUGUUCAUGCAUCGUAUGCAAAUAUAACACGUCUAGAUGAUGUGGAUGAUCAAGUAAAUGAUCAAGAUGUUAAUUAUGAAAAACAAGAAUGUUCAGCUGGUUCACAUAAUACUAACAACACCGUCUAA